AUGGAUAACUAUCCAUUUUUGGAUUCUCAAAUGAAUUCUGAUUUUAUGUCGGAAUUUUCUUCCUUUAUAAACAAAGUCGGUAAGGGUGAUUACACAGAUAAAUUUUCUACUGAUCAAAUAUUCCCAUCAUGCGACGAUAUGAUUGAUUGGGUUUGGAAGAUUGCAUUUCAGCUUGGAUUUGUGGUCGUCAUCAUAAGAUCUGACACAGCAACUGGUGAACCUGAAAGAAAGAUAUUCGUUGUGUUAGGCUGUGAAAGGAGUGGGAAAUAUAGGAAGUAUAAGCAAGACGUGAAACCUAGUGUGUCUGGCACGAGAAAAUGUGAGUGUCCAUUUAAGUUGAGGGGUAAACCUAAAGGACACAGUUGGGUGUUAAAGGUUAUGUGCGGUUAUCACAACCAUGAAUUAGCCGAGACUUUGGUUGGUCAUCCUUAUGCGGGGAGGUUAAAUGCUGCUGAACAGUCAAUUCUUAUUGACAUGACUAAGAGUCAAGUUAAACCCUCAAAUAUUCUUUUGACUCUUAAAGAACAUAAUGAAGAUAAUGUGACAACUAUAAAACAAAUAUAUAACGCGAGAUACACUUACAAACGAUCUUUUAGAGGGUUGAGAACUGAAAUGCAACAGUUGAUGAUGUUGUUAGAUAGAGACAAAUACAUCCAACAUAGUAGAUGUUUGGAAGAUUCUGACGUAGUAAGUGACCUAUUUUGGACACAUCCUGAUUCAGCGCACCUGGUCAAUUCAUUUAAUAUUGUGUUCUUAAUGGAUACGACGUACAAGACAAACAAAUAUCGUCUUCUGUUGCUUGAGAUCGUUGGAGUCACGUCCACUGGUUUGACAUUCACAGCUGCCUUUGCAUUGCUUUCAAGUGAACGCCAACAUAAUUUCACUUGGGCAUUGGAAAUGUUUAGACGAUUACUAUUGACAACAGAGGGCGGUCCACGCGUUGUUGUCACUGAUAGAGACAUUGCUUUGAUAAAUGCCAUUACCAAUGUCUUCCCUGAGACAUAUCAUAUGCUUUGUACAUUCCACAUUAUGAAGAAUGUGAAAGCCAAAUGCAAGAUGUUAGUGGAUAAUGCUGAGGCAUGGGAUGGGUUGAUGGUUGAGUUUGCGCACUGGAACCUGAAGAGAUUAUUGGGGUCUAGUAUGGGAGACCUAUGCUCGUAUUGGGAUGCUAUGCAUAAUGUCAUUGUCCUACAACAUAAUAAGAUCAGAGCGUCCUUUGAAAAAAGUAUUAACUUAAAGAGUGAUGCUUAUAAAGCACUGAGAUAUAAAAGACUUGUUGGACGUGUUUCACGAUACGCUCUUGAACUUAUUGCUGAUGAAGUACAACGAGUGAAUAAAAUAGGUUUGGACAGUGCUCGUUGUGGAUGCAUUUUGAGCUCAACGUAUGGCCUACCAUGUGUUUGUAUUUUAGCACGAUAUGAGUCUGGAAUGACUCCUCUUGGUGAAAUACAUGUUAUCUGGACCCGUUUAAGCAUUUCAAGAACUGUGUCUACUGAAUCGCUUCCAUAG